AUGAUGGCUGCUGCAAUGGCGGAGCAGGAGGGCUCCAAAGGCAGCGCCCGGAACCGGGGAGGAGUGCAGCGUGUGGAGGGGAAGCUGCGGGCCAGCGUGGAGAAGGGAGACUACUACGAGGCCCACCAGAUGUACCGCACACUCUUCUUCAGGUAUAUGUCACAGAACAAACACACGGAAGCCAGAGAAUUAAUGUAUUCCGGAGCUGUGCUGUUCUUCAGCCAUGGUCAACAAAACAGUGCUGCUGAUCUGUCCAUGCUUGUACUGGAGUCACUAGAAAAAUCUGAAGCUAAAGUGACAGAGGACUUAUUAGAAAACUUGGCCAAAUUGUUUAGUUUGAUGGAUCAAAACUCUCCAGAGCGAGUGGCGUUUGUAUCCCGAGCUCUCAAGUGGUCGUCUGGAGGGUCAGGAAAACUAGGUCACCCAAAGCUGCACCAAUUACUAGCUAUUACGUUAUGGAAAGAGCAAAAUUAUUAUGAAUCCCGGUAUCACUUCCUGCACUCCUCAGAUGGAGAAGGGUGCGCCAAUAUGUUAGUAGAAUACUCAUCCACUCGUGGCUACCGCAGUGAGGUAGACAUGUUCGUGGCACAGGCCGUCCUGCAAUUCCUCUGUUUAAAAAAACAAAACAAGUGCAUCUGUGGUUUUCACGACAUAUACAGAGAAGCAUCCUUCAAUAGAGAGGGGUCCUCCUUUUGUACAGCCCCUUUUAAACUUUAUUUGGUUUCUACUACUGGCUGUAGAGGGUGGGAAAUUAACGGUAUUUACAGUAUUGUGUGAACAGUAUCAGCCGUCUUUAAAAAGAGAUCCUAUGUAUAAUGAGUAUCUGGACAGGAUAGGACAACUUUUCUUUGGGGUACCUCCUAAACAGUCAUCUUCAUAUGGGGGAUUAUUGGGUAACCUGUUGAACAGUCUAAUGGGGGCUGGUGAAGAUGAGGAUGACGUGGAGGAUGGCCAGGAUGACAGCAGCCCUAUUGAAUUAGAUUGA